AUUAGAUGCUCUAAAUAAUUUCUACAUUUGAUUUGGUUUAAUGUAAUGUGCUUUGUGAGAGUUCUGACUGGUGAACCAAAUCUCCCUUUAAUAUAGUUGAUAUAUGUACACUUCCAGCUGAUAUAGAGGAUGCUGUUUGUAGUACAAAACUGGAGACAUAUAGCAUGUAACUCCCAUAUUCAUAUUUUCUCUUCAUUUCUCUUGUGCAAAAGAUCUGUUAAAGAUUGUAAACUGAAUAUUGCCUUCCCUUAUUUAUUUUUUGAAAAUACUUUGUUUUCCAUACUUAUUUCUGCUGAGGUCAUACUGUAUUUGUUUUUCAGAUGACACACUUUUUGCUCUUCCUGUUGCAUCUGAACCUCUGAUGCAUUCUUCUGCAGACAAAGGUAUGGACUUGCAAGAACAACUGGGUCAUGCAUGCUCAGCCAGGCAAGAAGAUUUUGCUGCUGCCUCUCUUGAUGCUACUGCUUCUCUUCCCUCCCUCUCUACUCUUUCAGUCAAUCCUUUUAAAGAGUAUGCGGCUCUUGAUACAAUAUCAGAUGAACUAUCUACCAAACAUAGUUACAGUCCAAUUGGGAGUGAUGUGUUUAAACUUACUACCCAGACUGCACAAAACCCAUUCCUUGCAGAUGAUGGCAAUGAAUUUGCAAAUGUAAAACCUUCAUACACUGCGGAUCAUUCAUUCUGCCUAUUUCAGACUAAGGAACCAUUGGAUACUAAAAGAAUUCCUGAUACAGAAGAAUUACCCGUAUGCCAACAGGAUUUUUCUCCAGAAUCACCUGUUGAAUUAUUUGUAGAGCAAGAUAAAAAAGAGGGAAAGCAUGCUAUCUAUGAUCAUGGUGAAAAUAUAACUUUAGUGGAUAAUCAUUAUUCAAGAGAUGAAUAUGCAGAUUUAAAGCCUUUUGAACUCUCCUGGGUUAGUAAUGAAAAUAAUUUUAAGGAUGUAUCUGAGAAUGAGGUAGACAAUAAAUUAGAAAGUAUUGCCGACAAAUACGUCGAGGACACUAAGACUCUGUCUGCCCAUAAAGUCAUUGAAAAAGAGAAUGAAAGCAGCAAUGAAGAUAUUUCUUUCCCUAACACUCCAGAAGCCUCAAAGGAAUCUUCACAAUCUUACAUUACUUGUACAGAAUUUGAAUCAUCAGAGAAAAUUGAGAGCAACAUGGUUACAUCUCUCCCUCUAACAGAAGAAAAGGCAUAUGAAAAUAAAACAGAUGAGAAAAAGAUAGCAGAAAUGAUGGACCAAUUUAGCAGUACCCAUAUUGAUUUGACAAGUGACCAAGAGCAGAAAGUUGAUUCAAAGAAAGACGAUACUUUGUUGAGGAAGGACUCUGAUACUAAUAUCCCUGAAGGUCUAACUCCAGAUUUGGUUCAAGAAGCUUUUGAGAGUGAACUUCAUGAUGUAAUUAGUCCCAAGCUUGCUUAUGAAACAAAGAUUGAUUUGGUUCAAACAUCUGAAUCAUCACAAGAGUCUUUGAAUAUUGCUGUACAGCUCUGUCCUUCCUUUGAAGGAGGGUCUGAAACAUCUCCAUCCCCUAUCUUACCAGAUAUUGUUAUGGAAGCGCCAUUAACUGCAAACUCUGCUGUGGUUGGAGGGCCUCUUGUGGAGCUUGAAAUAUCCCCAUUUGAAACAUUCACUGCUGCUGAUCAAUAUGAGAAUGAUUAUGAGAAUGUAAUACAGAAAUCUGAGAAGCCUCCAUCUUAUCAGGAAGCAACAAAUGUACCAGUAAUACAGGCAAAAGAAAGCACAGUUGAAGCUGCUAAGAAACCCAACAAUGAGAAUAACUCACCUUUAGAAGAUUUAGAUACUUCAUAUAUAUCAAUUGCAUGUGAUUUAGUUAAAGAGACUAAAGUAUCUUCAUCAGAGUUCACAGAUUAUUCAAAAGCAGAAAUCACAGAGUGUGUAUCACAACCUGUGCCUGAGUACAGUGAGCAUCUUGAAUGGACCUCAUUGCCAUCUGACAAAAGCUAUUCAUUUAGUGGUCAACCUGAAAUUAAUCUUGUGCAGAAAGAAGAAGCUGUGAAAGGAUCAUUAUUUGAAACAACUACCAAUAUAAUACCAAAUGGAGGCCAGAAAGAAACAUACAAAGAAGUACCAUCUUCUCUUAGUGAACCCUAUUUGGAGUCAUUCCAGCCUCAACUGGAAACUUCAAAAAAUGAAACAACUACUUGGUGUUUGGAAGCAGAGGCUGCAGAUCUAGCUAAGAAAGAAAAGACUCCGCAGCAACAUAUGGAAGAACUUGGUGGCUAUACUGAUGAUUUUUCUGUUUUUAAAGAACCCAUAGUGAAAGAGAAAAUUGUGCUGUCUGCACAGUCCUCUGCAGAAGCAGAUGGCACAGUCCCUUAUCAAGUUGACAAGCUGAUGAGAAGUACUGAAGAUAUAUUAAAGGAGAAUGAAAAUAAAAAUCGUUGUGAAACUCUUCAAGCUGAGCUCAUACCACCUGCUUACCAAGAAGUAGCACAGGACUUGUCUCUAAAAAACAUACAUAGCAAAUUUGAAGAGCAGGAUCUUUGUUUAGAAAAAUCCUCUGAAGAUCUGGACAGAGAAGUACACGAAACAACUAAGGAGGAUUUCUCCCCUGAUGUUACUCCUUUGCCCUCAGAGAAAAAAGUAGUCAAUGUAAGAAAGGGAGCUGAGAGCCAAGAUGUUUCAGUUAAAGAAAAGGAGAAACCCCUUUCUAUGUUUUCAUCAAAGAUGAGUGAGCCUUCAG